ACACUAAAAUUCACAGCUUCUUUUAAAACCUCAUGAGGAAUUACAAUUGAUUUAUGUUUUCUCAAUUUUUUUUUCAGUAAUCAUGGUGUUACGUUGCAAAGGAUUCUCUCAAGAACAGCAAGAGCCGGCCCUGAACGGACUCACCCAAGAGGUGGCUGACUUGCCGUUGAACUCAGUCAAUAACCAAACCCCAUCUCAGAACGAUGCCCAAAAAAGUAAAGGCCAGAAGGCGAAUGGCAACAAGAGAGCCAACCAAAUAAUCAAUUUCAUAUUGAUUGUUAAUAGCUAUAGCUAUGUCAAUGAACUGGAGCAUUUUGUUAAACAAAUUAAUGGAGUUAAAAGCGUAAAGGGUGAUCGUAACUCUGUCAGACUAGAGGUGAUGGGAAACGUAGAUCCCUUAAAAGUUAAAGAGAUGGUUGAGCGUGAAACGAAGAAGAAAGUAGAACUUGAAUUCCCUUCAGCUGAGAUGGAAGGUGAUAGUUAUGAGAAUAAGGGUACUGAAGCUAAAUUGAAGAAGCGAAUAAAGACAGUACAUAAGAAUGAUAUAGCCAACAACAAAACUGAAGAGAGGUUAUUUGUUUUGAAGAUCAAACUGUGCUGCAAUUCUUGCAAUCAGAAACUUCGCAAGAACUUGAAGAUCAAGGGAUUAGACAUUGUGGCUAUGGAUGUAGUCAAGGAUCUAGUGAAAGUAAAGGGCAUGGCGGACUUGACAGAACUCAGAUCUUACAUCAAAACUGAGCUCAAGAAGGACGUUGAGAUAGUGAUUCCUACCGAGGUCAUGGUUCCUGUCAAGAAAGGCAAUGGCACCACCAAAAAGAAAGAGAAGUUUGCCAGCAACAUUGACAAGAAUGACAAAGAUGCUGGUGUCACCAACAAGAAAGACAAAGGCACUGCUGUCAGUGAGAAAUACCAAGAUACUGGCACAGUCAAUGAGAAAAUCAAUGGCAUUGCUGGUGUUGAUGAGAAACACAAAGGCAGUGCUACUAUCAAUGAGCCAGACAAGGAUAAAAAUGGUGGCAUCAAAAAUAGGGAAGACGUGGACAAUGACAGAGAGAUGAAAUCCAAAACAUUUAAAGCUAUUGGUGGUGAAAGAAAUGGAGGUGAAGGUGGCAAAAAAGAGGAGGCUGAACUUAAAAACAAAGCAUCUGAUAGUGCUGGUGGUGGCAACAGAGAAGAGUAUGGUAGUUCAAAAAUCAAGUUAAAUACAGAAAUGUACUAUACACAGUAUGAUAAUGCCUAUGGUUAUUGGCGCGAGGACCCCCCUUGCCACCCUGUGAAAUACUCAAAUGAUCCUCUUCAAAUUUUUAGUGAUGAGAAUCCUCAUUCAUGUUCUAUCAUGUGAAUGAGGGAAGAAGCAAAUAGAGAAUAGGAAUGAUUUUAGAAAUUUCUUUUGAGUGAUAGUGACUAGGUCACUCUAAAAUGUGUUAAAGGAGGAUAUGUUGAGAUACAACAUUAGGUUGAUAAGGGUUUGUUCUGCAAUACAGGAAGGUUUCAGUACCUAGACCAUUAAAUGAGGAUUAUCUUAUCUUCAUCCAAAAGUUCUUGUCAAAAUUCAGUAUCGGAACUUCUAUUUGGUAAGUUUCUACCAUAAUUAGAGGUUUUGAUACUGGUUCUGGGAUGAGGGAUUUUGGAUACUGAUGAAGUUAUCCCACAUUCAGCUGUCCACAUGAUUUUGCAUCAUACUCUUUUUAGAUUUAGAAAAUCUUUUAUUUUGAUUUUUACAUGUAUGAUAGACACAGUAACAUUUGAUUAUUUUCAUAAUAUAUGACUUGAUUUGUAAUUUUUUUUCA